AUGCUGCCAGAAAUUCAAUUUCUUGUACGUGCAUUUCCUUCACCUGAUAAAGACUGGAAUAAUGUGAAGUUAGAUGCUGAUCAAAAGCUGAUUUACCUAAGGAGUCUUGAAGAUUUGAGAAGAGGUAAAUCUGGUAGCAAUAUUUAUUGGCAAUUCAAAGUUGAUGGCAUAUUCGUGAAUGCUGGCCAAGAAGAAUUUUAUCAUGCGGUUAUUCCAAAGGAUCUACUGCAAAAAGUGUUCAAAGGGAAAGAUCUUGUCAUUUUAUGUUUUGGAAGUUCGAAUACUGGAAAGUCCUAUUCUGCCUUCGGAAUUUACAACAGAUUUGAGUAUCGAGGAAUAGGCCCCAGAUUACUCGAAGACCUCUUCAAAUCAAAGGAUGAACUCGCUGAUUUUUAUAAAAUCGAUAUAUCUUUAGCUUAUGUCGAAAUUAUUGGAAAAUAUAUUCACAAUCUUCUAGAGAAAGGUAAACCAAAAAUCAUGAAUAAAGGAAGAAAAACGUAUCAUGGGUUCGGAACCCGCUUGGAAACGAUAUGCCAAGGGAUGAAACUUAUAUUUGAUGGAGACGAACGCCGAAACUUGGAACAUGAAAGCUCUCAUUGUGGCACGUCCAUUCUGACUUUCGACAUCACUUCCACCUCGCUACUUCCUUGCAAUCCUGUCACCAUCUCUGGGAGGAUUCAUUUGAUCGACACAGCAGGAACGGAUUAUGGAAACAGUCCAACAAAAUCACUCAAGUGCCACGUGGAUGCGAAUCUAACAAAAUGUGAGUUGAAUACGAUUUGUUCCUGGUAUGACAAUCAUCCUGUUCAUAAAAAAAUAUUUCUCCGAAGAGGUUCGACAUUGGUUUUGUAUUUGGGAACCACGAUUACCAAUAGUUACAGCAGAUUACUUGGUCAUAUAAGAACUUCAGGCGAAGAUCUGGCCAACUCCAUGUCAACCCUACUGUUCGGUACUAGACUGAGAAGGCUUCAUACUCCAUUGCUCGUCCAAGCCAAAAAGAAGAAUCCAGAAUUAAUCAUCAGAGGUCUUCAGGAUGAAAUACGUGAAAUAAAAGAACACAUUGUUGCCGAUAAACUGGUAAAGAGCGUGUUCAUGCCAGACACCAUAUCCCAGGACCACAUGGAAUACAUCUUGAGAGAGAUCCAGGCUUAUUGCCGUUCUGAAUCGUUUCCACCAGCCAUCCUCCUGGCCAAAGCCCACCCUCUCAUCCUGAUAAUGGGCUUCAAGGAAGUCUAUAACAGAGAUAUAAAUGAGUGGAAGGAAUUUGUCGAAUCGAAGGAAAAAGAUCCAGAAAAGAGAAACAAAAGACCCUCUUCCUCGACAAGUGUCCAGAGGAAGGCGAGCCGUCCUUCGAUUCAGGCAACAUCAGCUGGGAGGAUUCAACCGAGCCAAGCUCCUAGCGGGAAGUCACCUCCCGAAGAUGAGAGUGGCACAGUAGAAGACAUCUAUGCACGAACGUUCAGCGAAUACCUGUCCAAAUAUACAGCAGUCAAGUUGAAAAUUAAACUUUAUGAAUUAGACAUUGAAGACAGCGUCAAGGCCAAAUGUGAAUUGCAGUCAAAAUUAACUGACUUAAAGCAUAAAAUCGAUUUAUUGCGCAUCGAAUUGAAGAAAGAAGAAUGGAAUACUUUCAAUAAAAAAUUACAAGCGAAUAUAUUCACUAAGGAAGGUAAGGAAACAAACAAGUCUUCCGAGCAGGAGAAAUUAGAAAUGGAAAUAGACGAAGAAGUUGAGCAGUUCAACCAGGCAAGAAUUGCUCUUUGCAAUGCUCAUAAUAAAUACAUGGCUGCUAGUUUGUCAUUGAGCGAACUUAAGGCGAACGUCGAAAAGGAUUUCAAUGAAUAUGUCAAGUUGAUGUGCUGCAACACUCUACUCCUUCCCAAAGCAGAAACAUCAGUUUGUGAUAAACAACCAUUGGUGAUUGAAACACCUUUAUUGCAAGACGUAAAGAUAGAUCGCUCAAUAGAAGCAGAAAGGUGUUUUAAUAAACUGCAGCGAAUACCUAUAAAGAAACGCGUAUAG